AUGCUCGCAAACCAGAACAUAGCGAUCGUCUCCGACCGCGUCGUGCUCGUCCCGUACCGGAAGGAGCACGUCGCCAAGUACCACGAAUGGAUGCAAGAUCCCGAGCUGCAAGAGCAGACGGCCAGCGAGCCUCUGACGCUCGAGGAGGAGUACGAUAUGCAGCGCCGGUGGGCCGAGGACGACGACAAGCUGACGUUCAUAAUCCUCGCCCGCCUCCCGCCGGACGAGGGCGAGCUCUCGGACGCGGCACUCCGCGCGCUGCCCAUGGUCGGCGACGUGAACCUGUUCUUCAAGGGUAAAGAAGGCGACGAGGAGUUCGAGGUCGAGGUCGAGGUUAUGAUCGCCGAGAAAGCAUACCGCCGGCAGCACCUCGCGCACCGCGCCAUAUCCCUCACGCUCGCCUACGCCCUGCACGCGCCGCCCAGCACACACAGCCCCCUGCCCAUCCGCGACCAGCGCCGCUUCGUCGCGCGCAUCUCGGAGAAGAACGAGGCGAGCAUCAGGUUGUUUAGGAAAUUGUGCUUUUUCGAGACGAGGAGGGUCGAGGUGUUUGGCGAGGUCGAGAUGCGGUAUAUGGCGUCGGGGUUCUGGGAGGCGGGGGACGUGCGGGAGUUUCCUUAG